UCUGCUUUUUGGAGCUUCAUCUAAACUAACCUCACGGCUUGCCUGGCGAAAUCCAACAGAAAGAAGGCGACGAUGCAGUAUGAACCUCCACAGCUCUCGAGCAGAGGGGCCUUCCAAGACGCCGGCACUCGACACUAAAACGCUCCGCGCCAGUAGGGAAAAGCCUAGGCGUGCGAACCGGAGAAUUUGCGGUAUUGGUCGGAUAUCAGAUACCGGUAUAGUCCAAGUUUGCCACGCCAACCCUUUGCAUGAAGUCGCAUGGAGCUGCAUGAAGGAUAACCCCCAGGAAAAGGAGGGGCAAACAUUGGAUGACGAAACAGCUGCAACAUAUAUCAGGACAACAGCCACUCACGACGCAAAGAAACGGCGAUACGGAGGCAGCUAUCUGCCUCCCACUGCAACGCCGCCGGUGGCAGCCCGGGAUUUUUCAGGGUUCAACGACAUGCCGUCAAUGUUGGCUUCAACAAACGGGACGGCGUCCGUAGCUUCGCUAGUGAAACCUGUCUGUUCGGAGACCCGGGAAACGCGAGCAAAGUCUAAGCCCUCGGUCCCGAUAGCACUAACAAGAGCUUGACGUUGGGGUCUUGAGCUUUGACAUGACCUGGGCCUUUGGCAAUCCGUUCCACGGCUAUCUCAGCACCAGUCAGUGACUUUGACUUCUCAUCGCAGCUGGCCGUUUGGCAGUGCACUGCGACGGCCGGUCUCGAACCAUUCUAGA